AUGGGGAAUGAGUCCAGCUACCCAUCCCAGAUGUGUGCCCACUUCGACCAAGAUGAGAUUAAAAGGCUGGGCAAGAGAUUCAAGAAGUUGGACUUAGACAAAUCGGGCGCCCUGAGCGUGGACGAGUUCAUGUCGGUGGCCCGGCCGCAGCAGAACCCGCUGGUGAGGCGAGUGAUCGAUGUCUUCGACAGGGACGGCAACGGAGAAGUGGACUUCACCGAGUUCAUCGUGGGCACCUCGCAGUUCAGUGUCAAGGGCGACGAGGAGGAGAAACUGAGAUUCGCCUUCAGCAUCUACGACAUAGACAAGGAUGGCUACAUCUCUAAUGGAGAGCUCUUCCAGGUGCUGAAGAUGAUGGUGGGCAACAACCUCAAGGACUGGCAGCUACAGCAGCUGGUGGACAAAACUAUUCUGGUCCUGGAUCGGGACGGUGAUGGAAGAAUAUCCUUUGAAGAGUUCAGUGAUGUGGUCAGAGGCCUGGAUGUCCACAAGAAGUUGGUAGUGGUUGUGUAA